CUCACGGACAUGGAACUCAUGGGACAUUACCUGCAUCUUGCCUUCCUGAUGACAACAAUUUUUUUUCUGUCCCCUGCAACAAAAGCAAACUAUACCCAUCUGUGGGCUAACAAUACUGUCUGGAAUCCAGUUACUCAAACUAAGACAGGCAAAAACCAAGAAGAAAACAUUAACACAAAUCCUACAACUCUUGAAGUAGAUUAUAAAGGUAAUUCUACAAGCAUGCCUGAAAUAGCAACAUCAUCUCACAUCAUAUCUGUAACUCCUACAGCUGAACAGGAGAUUCAUACACCUACUUUUGUCAGAAACAGUUCUCCAACAGUACAGAACACUGAAAAUACAAGCAAAAGUCACAGUGAAAUUUUCAAAAAGGAUAUCUGUGACGAGAACAACAACAAAAUGGCCAUGCUAAUUUGCUUCAUUAUAAUCGCAGUGCUUUUUCUUAUUUGUACUCUUCUAUUUCUAUCCACUGUGAUUCUGGCAAACAAAGUCUCAUCUCUCAGAAGAUCAAAACAAGCAGGAAAGCGUCAGCCUAGAAGCAAUGGUGAUUUUCUGGCAAGCAGUGGUCUAUGGCCUGCUGAUUCAGACACUUGGAAAAGAGCAAAACAACUUACAGGACCCAACCUAAUGAUGCAAUCCACUGGAGUGCUCACAGUUACAAGGGAAAGAAAAGAUGAGGAAGGAACUGAAAAACUCACUAACUAA